GUUGAGCAACAGUUUCCUCCCCCAGGUCUGUCGCAGUGUAAGCACUUUCAGGAUGGAGGGAGCGAGCCACGAGCUGGAGUUUUGCCUCGCCCAGGUGGAUGACUUUGAGCAGGUGAUGUCCAUCUCCGUGAACAUCUACAACGGCCUCGACUACCUGCCCGACCGUUACCACAGAUGGCUGAAGGACCCAUUGCGGAGAGUGAUCUUGGCCAAGAAAGAGGGCAAGGUGGUGGCUCUGUUGUCAGCGAGGAUUGUCGACAAUAGCCGCACCGCAAUUAUGGAAGGUUUGAGGGUGGCGCCCAGCGAGAGGGGAAAAGGAAUCGCUGGGAUAAUUCAGCAGUAUGUCUUCGCCCUGGUAAAAUCCCAGUUCCCAAGUCUGGAGGUUCAACGCUACACCAGACAAGGGGGGCUAAACCCUGAUGUCUUCACCAAGUUCCGGUUAAUAUGCAGUCAGGAGGUGCUGGAUCUCCACUUCGUGGCAGAGGAGCUGCAGCCCAUGGUGGACGCCACCAUCGGCCACCUGAAGGCAAGCAAGCAUGAAUGGGAAGAGCCCAUCCAGCUGGCAGCGGGUGAUGUCAAGCGGGUGUUCCUGGACCGGCAGGUGGUGGAGGAAGUGCUGCCAGGGGGCAUCAUCAUACAAGACUGGAUCCCUUACAAGCCCCUCGAGGGCAACCUAGAGGUACUCCUGAAGCAAAACCUCACCUGGAUGGCGGACAGCGUAGUGGACCCGACCGUCCUGAGCAUCUGCUCCAGCCCCUACAAGGUGCCCGCGGGUGCCAACAAUCUUUGUCUCAACAUUGAUAUCUUUGGAAAGGAUUUCCCUCGUGCCAGGAAUCAGUUUCUUUCUCAGUUGCACAAGGCUCUUAGCUUCCUUCAGGGUCCCACAUACUGCUUCAUACACUUAAACAAGACCAUUUGGUCUGCCAUGCACUCCUUCUGCCAGACAGUCUUCGGUCUGACCAGUCAAAAAAUCAUCAAGGGGCAGUGUGUGCUAGAGGCAAAGUUAUAAGGCAGUGUUGGCCAUUGGCUUAUCAUUGUCACAUGUACCAACAUUCAUGCUGUCCAUACAGAUCAUUUCAAACCUAUAAGUACUUUGAAGUAGUACAAAGCAAUAAGAGAAUGCAAAACAUAGAGGUACUGUAACACACAAGUGCAGUGUAGGCAGACAAUAUGAUGUAAGGUUAUGACUAGAUCAUAAGAAAUAUUGAAUCUGGUCUGUCAUUACAUUAUACCUGAAUUAUUAUCCCCAUUCUUCUGCCUUCUCCCUUUACUAAACAAGAACUUCCACUUUAAAUAUACCCAAUGACUUGGCCCCAACAACCAUCUGUGACAAUGAAUUCCACAGAUUCACCACCCUCACCAUAGAUGCUGCCUGACCUGCUAGUUUCUCCAGCAUUUUGGGCAUGUUGUUCUGGAUUUCCUUGGAACCUCUGACACCCUUACUAACCAAGAAAAUAUCGACCUCCUCUUUAAGUAUACCUAGUUGCUUGGCCUCCAUUGCCAUUUGUGGAAAGCAAUCCCACCAUCUGGCUAAAGAAAUUUCUCCUCAUCUCUAACCUGAAGGAAAAUACUUCUAUUCUGAAGCCAGCUUUCUGGUCCUGGACGCCCCCACUAUGGAAACAUCCUCCCCACUAAGCUUUUCAAUAUUCUGUGGGUUUCAAUGAGAUCCCCCCGUUCUUGUAAAUUCCAGCAAGUAUAAGUCCGGACCCAUCAAAUGAGCCUCAAACAUUAACCCUUUUAUUUCUGAGAUCAUUUUCCUACGCCUCCUCUGGAUCCUCUCCAAUGCCAGUGCACCCUUUCUUAGAUACGGAGCUGAAAACUGUAACAAUUCUCCAAGUGCGGUCAGACCCCAUGCUUCAGCGUUACAUCCUUGUCUAAUACUCUCAAAAUGGAUGCUCACUUGCAUUUGCCUUCCUUGUGACCGACUCAAGCUGCGAAUUAACCUUCAGUGAAUCCAGCACCAGGUGUCUCCGCCUAGGAUAGACCCAACACCUCUCCCACUGGGCUUCAGGCAUAGGGGAAGAACAUCUCCCUUAGGUUCUCCUCAAAUCUAACUGCACAUUGAUUCAUCAGUCUGCUGCAGUUGCUGCAUUGUAACUGGGUCUGAACCUUGGAAAUCCAUCUCCAAUAGCACCGUGGAGGCACCUCCAGCAGAAGGACUGCAGCAGUUCAAGAUGGCAGCUUAUCCCCCGCCCCCCCCGCCCAAACCUUCUCAAGGGGCAGUUAGGGAUGGGAGGUAAACACUACCCUUGCCAGCAAUCCCAGAUCACAAGGAAGUGGGGUGUGAAAACAGUAUGACUUCAACACAAUAACCCCUUGUAUUUUCAGUCUCGCUCCCUCCUCUCCUUCCUUCACAACAAUGCAUUUGGAGAUACUCCUUGGGGAAUGUACAUAAAGCCAGUAACAAGUUCUAUACAGAAACAGGCCUUUCAGCCCACGAUAUCUGUGAUGACCUGCGGUGCCAGUCCAAACAAACCCCAUCUGCCUGCACAUUAUCUACUGUAUAUUAGAAUCAGAAUCAGGUUUAAUAUCACCGGCAUAUGUCAUGAAAUUUGUUGUCUUUGUGUCAGCAGUACAAUGCAAUACAUAAUAAUAGGGAAAAAACUGUGAAUUACAGUAAGUAUAUAUAUAUCUCUAUAUAAGUAUAUGUACUGUGUAUCUAUAUCUGUAAGUAUAUUUUUAUUGUGACGAAAGACCAAGUUAUCAGAAGAUUGAUGCUAAUGAGAGAGAUAAGAGGGACAAAGGGAGAAGCGUCCACAAUGUUAAUGAGAGGUGAGAGAGAUUAACGAAAAGAGACACAGUUCCAAGUAUUGACAGACCGGUUGCUUUGAACCUGAAUUGUUUGAAGUUUGACAGGCGAUACCCCAGCAGGGGGAUAAAAGGAACAGGUUCGCUAAGGCAAGACAGACACCACGAGAUCACAAGAUAAUGAGACCCUGGAAGUGCGGUGUGCCCCCCACAAGUUGGUGGGAGUUUUGGAGGUCUGGUCGUGGGACCGACCAUAGACGCACAGGGUGAAAAGGUACGAUCGGCGGGAACCUGGUGUGUGUGUCCGCCCUUGCCUGGGUGUCGGGUUCACCGCGGAAGAGCGAUCGUAUCCGGAACGGAGGGGUCACAGUCAGUGACCUCAGAAGACAUUAAAAGGGCUCGCGCCGGCAGCUAACUGCGAGGAACAUCAAAGGUCUGUGAAUCGAGAUUUGCAUUCGCUCGCUCUCUCUCUCUCUCUCCAAUGGCACAGCAGCGAUUACUGCGAACAGUACUCAGCUGAACUGAACUCUGCGUCACUUCAGACUGACCAUUUUAUCCCUAGACUGCGAUAGAGCUUGAUUGAUUCCUGUUAUCCUAGUUCUGUGCACAUGUGUGUUUUAUCAUUGUUAACCCGUUGCAUUUAUAUCCUUACGAUUAGAGUACUGUGUUACUUAUUUCUUUAAUAAAACUUUCUUAGUUCCAGUAAUCCAAACUCCAACUAAGUGGUCCAUUUCUGCAGGUUUGGCAACCCAGUUACGGGGUACAUAACAAUAUAUAUUAAAUAGUUUAAAUAAGUAGUGCAAAAAUAGAAAUAAAACUGUAGUAAGGUAGUGUUCAUGGGUUCAAUGUCCAUUCAGAAAUCGAUGGCAGAGGGGAAGAAGCUGAUCCUGAAUUGCAGAGUGUGUAUCUUCAGGCUUCUGUACUUCCAUCCUGAUGGAGCAAUGAGAAGGGGGCAUGACCUGGGUGGUGGGAGUCCUUAAUGAUGGAUGCUGCCUUUUUGAGGCAUCGCUCCUUGAAGAUGUCCUGGAUACUACAGAGGCCAGUGCCCAUAAAGGAGCUAAUUUGACAACUCUCUGCAGUUUACUCCGACCCUGUGCAGUAGCCCCCCCAUCCCCCUCCCUGCCCCAUACCAGCAGGUGAUGCAACCAGUUAGAAUGCUCUCCACGGUACAUCAAUGGUGAUACCUAAUCACUUCACACUCCUAAUGAGAUAUAGCUGCUGUCAUGCCUUCUUUGUAGCUGCAUCGAUAUGUUGGGCCCAGGUUAGAACCUCAGAGAUGGUGAUAUCCAGGAACUUGAAAUUGCUCACUCUUUCCAUUUAUUUCCAACCCCUACUUGUGCCUAUUUGAAUUCCUCUUUAGUGCUACUGUUGUACCUGCUUUCCUAGCAGCCUGUUCCAGGUACCUACCAAAACCUAUUCCCCACAUCUUCCCCCUUCUCCCCUUUAUGCUCUCUCCUAUGGUAGAAUUUGACGUUUCCACUAGGAGGUAAAAAUGUUACAUGGUGCUUACAAAUGAUCUGAUUUCUUGCAACAAUUUGAAAAGUAUAUGUUAUGAACCAUUUACGAAAUUUUAAAAAAUUGGUUAUAAACACUUUAAACUGGUCUCACUUCGCCCAAUUG